GCCCUGCCAAGUCCUGUUGUCCCAUUUGCUUCCCCCCCUCUCCUGGUGUGACCCCCCUGCCAGUGCCCACCACAGGUGUUCAUGUGACGAGGGGGCACAAUGAGCAGCGGUGAUGACUGCACCAGAACAGACCGACCCGCGUGCCCAUCGGCCAUGCCCGUGCCUGUGGGUUGGGAGCGCAAGGUGGAGGAGGGCUCCGUGUGUUACAUCAGCCCCAGCGGCACCGCGCUGACCUCGCUGGAGCAGACUUGCACCUACCUCCUGGCUGAUGGGACCUGCAAGUGUGGCCUUGAGUUUCCACUCAACAUGCACAAGGUGUUUAACUUCGACCCGGGGGUGGCGGUGGCUGGGCGAGGGGCUCCUGGGGCCCAGGGCCAGCAGGACAUGACCAAACUCUGCAAUCACCGCCAGAAAACAGCGGCCGUGGCCACACUGUACCGCAGCAUGGAGGGCGCCCCAGGCCCCUGCUGUCCAGGCACAGGCAACCUACCGGCACUGAGCCCCCUGCUACAGAAUCAGCUACUGCUGCCCCCCACACUGCACCCUCUGGGACUGUUGCUGGGCACCGCCAGCCCCCUGGCCGGCCUGCUCCACAGCCUGCAGCUGAGCCCCAGGUUCGGCUCCCCUGAGAAGUCGGCAACACCGUUGAGUCCCAGUGCUGGAGGCUCCCCCAGCCCCCCUGCACCUCCCGGCCUUCCUGAGGGCACUUCAAGUGCCUUAGAGCCCCCUGUGCCCUGUCAGGCUGAGCCAGUUAGCUCCAGACCCAGUGGGGGUGCCUGGGGGUGCCCCACCUCACGGUCCCCCCUCAAGCGGGGCCACCAGCAGGCCGAGGGGCUCAACAGGGAGACACCAUCUCUUUGUGAGCCCCCCAGCACCUAG